GGGGAGCCUUUUCUCCUGUAUAUUUUUAUCUGCCUGCCUGCGCGUCUCUUUUUUUUGAAAAAGUAGCUGUUAUUUGUUGCCUGAUUGUCCCCCCGGCGAAGCUGGGCCCCUGUUUUCCUUUCCCCCCGUUGUCUGUUUUUAUUCUUUUCCCUCUGGCUUAGAUGUGUCAAUCAUAGCCCGCUUGCCAUUGGUUGGAGAGCCGCCGUCAAAAAAGUUGCCCGAGAGGCGCUUGUGCAGCAAACCCAGCCGGGAGAGCGAGCGAGCGAGAGAGAGCGAGCAAGCCCGACCGCCGCGCGUUCGCCACCAAUCUGCCCCCGCCGCCCCCCCCCUCUCCUCACCCAGUCCCACCUCGCUCCAGCGCCUCCUGCCCCUCCGCUCCACCAGAGGGGAGGGGGAGCUAGAGAGGGAGCUCGGAGAAAAACUCUGUUUCCGGAGCUCCUGGAGAUCAAUCGGCCGGACGGUUUGGCCACCGCAUUUUUUUUAACUCGCAGCUCUUCCAGAAGCUUCAAGAAAGAAGGAUGGCGGGAGUGACCCGUAGCAGCGCGCAGUCCCAUCCUAUGUUGAGUAACAUAGUUCCAGCUCCAGGUUUCAAGGUUAACUUCUCUACCCGAAAGAUCUGGAGAAGAAAGAGGAAAGGAGCAAGAAGUAGGUCCAAGAGGCAUCUCCUUCCAACUCCACCCAGCCCCAGAAUUUUGGCCAUUUUUCCUCCUCACCCCAACUUUAGCAUGAUGUCGUAUCUUAAGCAACCACCUUACGCAGUCAACGGCCUAAGCCUCACCACCUCCGGGAUGGACCUGCUCCAUCCCUCCGUCGGGUAUCCAGCCACCCCUCGGAAACAGCGGAGGGAGCGCACCACCUUCACCCGCGCGCAGCUGGACGUCCUGGAGGCCCUGUUUGCAAAAACCCGCUACCCGGAUAUCUUCAUGCGCGAAGAGGUGGCCCUCAAAAUUAACUUGCCGGAGUCCCGAGUGCAGGUGUGGUUCAAAAACCGUCGCGCCAAAUGCCGCCAGCAGCAGCAACAGCAACAGAACGGGGGCCAGAAUAAAGUGAGGCCUGCAAAGAAGAAGAGUUCUCCAGCCAGAGAAGUGAGCUCAGAGAGUGGAACCAGCGGCCAAUUCACACCUCCAGCCAGUACCUCAGUCCCUGCCAUUUCCAGCAGCAGCGCUCCAGUGUCGAUCUGGAGCCCAGCAUCCAUCUCUCCUCUCUCAGACCCCCUGUCCACUUCUUCUUCAUGCAUGCAGAGGUCCUACCCUAUGACCUACACUCAGGCUUCAGGCUAUAGCCAAGGAUAUGCCGGCUCAACCUCAUAUUUUGGAGGAAUGGACUGUGGAUCUUACCUGACCCCUAUGCAUCACCAGCUCCCUGGACCAGGGACCACCCUUAGCCCCAUGGGUACCAAUGCUGUGGCCAGCCAUCUCAACCAGUCUCCAGCUUCACUCUCUACUCAAGGUUAUGGAGCUUCAAGUUUGGGGUUUAACUCAUCUACUGAUUGUUUGGAUUAUAAGGAUCAAACCGCCUCCUGGAAGCUAAACUUCAACGCUGACUGCUUGGAUUAUAAAGACCAGACAUCUUCAUGGAAGUUUCAGGUUUUGUGAAGACCUGUUAGGAACCCUUUGUGAUAAACAAUAAUGGUGAUGAUGCUAAUGCUGAUAACGAUAAGUGACCACAAUGAUGUUGUUGAAACAGACAAGACAAUAGCCAUAGUAGGCUGAAAUUUCCAGUUUUGAGAUCUUUGAUUUAAAUUAAAAAGAAUUGUGAACAGGACACAAAUUAAUAACAAAGGCAAGAAAUUCAGUGGCCGUGAUCAUACCUCCCAAUUUCACCUCUUGCUCAGAUGCUCUGGAAAGGAAGACAAGAAGGAAAGACAUGUUGUGUAGACCAAGAACAGAAUCACAUCACUUAGUUUCUCGUUGCUCCAUAGUUUUAGCCAAUUGUUGGGUUUCUUUGCCUGGAUAGGGAUGGAAGAUUAUUCUAUGAACCAGAGUAGUGGGUAUUGGGUUCUUUCCUUCCUUCCUUCCUUCCUUCCUUCCUUCCUUCCUUCCUUCCUUCCUUCCUUCCUUCCUUCCCUUUUUCUUUCUUUCUUUCCUUUCUUUCCUUUCUUUCUCUCUUUCUCUCUUUCUUUCUUUCUUUUGCUUUCUCUUUGUCUCUCUCUCUCUGUCUCUUUCUCCCUCUCCCCCUCCCUCCCUCCCUCCCCCCCUCUCUCUCCUGCCUUCCUACACUUAGGUACCUUAUUUUUGGUAUGGCAAGAAUGACCCUUCUUUUCCUUCCCCUUCCAUCCAACCUUGGUUAAAAUGUUUGUGUUAUGGGACAGUACAUCCAUAUACAUCUCUCAAGCUUCUUCGAUUGCUUCAGCCACAUUUGGCAAAGUUGGCCAUAGGAAAAAAAAAUAUGAACAAAGAACUCGGUUAAGAGCUCUGUGGAUCAUGGGACUGAUUGUCUUAGCUGCACUACUUUAUUUAAGAGGGGGGAAAUAAGAAUAAUGUCAAUAAGGAGUCAAUAUGUAGUUUUUAAGAGACAAUCAGUGUGCGUCUUAUAUAAAUGGUACAUCUGUGGUUUUUAAUCUGUGCUAGACUUUAAAACUGUGAUCUCCUGUAUUGUAUGCAAUUAUAAACCCCACACCAGCAGGCGGUUCUGCUGCGAUUUUACAGAGGUUAUAAUUAACAGUGAAAUUUGAGCAACUGAGUUACAUAUGACCAUCUUUUUAUUUCUUCUUUCUUUUUCUAUCUCUCUUCCUCUCCCUCCCCGUCUCUGAUUUUCUUUCUGUCUUUCUCUUGCUCUAAAAUUGCCUUUUACCAGAGGUAAACUGCACUGAAAAAAACAAAACAAAGCAACUUUUAACAGCAAGCUGUGGCUGAAUGAACAUCACUGAGAUCUUUAAAAAAAAAGUCACUAAAUAAAAAUACACUUGGACUUUUACAAUUCACCUGUACUACAGUAGCCUACUGUUGGAAAAGUUAGCAGUAAGGAGAAAGAAGUAUAUAUAUUUAAGACAUCGGUCAAUUGCUCUGACCUUGAAUUUCCAAACAGCAAAAAUUCUUGUUGUUUUUUAUGCUUGCAGAUGUGAAAUGGAGAAAAAAAAAGAUAUAUAUGCAUAAACCUUUUUUUUCCUGGAUUUGGCAGAUAUGUAUAAUUCUAUUAAAUGGUUCUAGCACAAGUGAUAA